AAACGCAACCCACGACACAACGUUUUCCCCCCUCGACGUUUCGGCAGAGAAACAGUGGAUUUACCCGUUUUUUAGCCGACAACGCGAACAAACUGACAAAGGAGACACGUGUUUAUUUAGCGUGUUGGAGAUUAUUGGAGGAAUUUCUUUAUUGUGCGGGUUUUCUGUGACGUCCGGGACCGGAAAAGAGCCAUUUUCCCCCGACAGCUGGUUUGCUGAUUCCCCCCAUCUGCACUUGAAGUUGUGAACCGGCUGAGAUGAGCGGUCCAGAGGUGGCCAAGACACCGGGAGGAGGAGCUCCGGGCAAGGAGGGAAAGGAGCCAGUGGCUAAUGGGCACGCAGGAGAGGGCAGCGAUGCCAACCCAUUCGCUGAGUACAUGUGGAUGGAGAAUGAAGAAGAGUAUAACAGACAGGUGGAAGAGGAGCUGUUGGAGCAGGAGUUCUUGGAGCGCUGCUUCCAGGAAAUGCUGGAGGAGGAGGACCAGGAUUGGUUCAUCCCUUCACGUGACCUCAACAACCAGGGGGUGGGGCAGCUGCAGCAGCAGCUCAACGGCCUGUCCGUCAGCGAUCACCACAGCAACCUGGAGGAAGUGGCGAGGAAGAGCGUCUUGAAUCCCGAGGCGAAGGAGUUCAUCCCGGGGAAGAAAUACUAGGAGUCCCCCUCACCCCCAUGGAGCCUCCACGCGCACACACACAGACAAACACCAGUGCUCACAUAUUCUCAGAGACUCUGGCGGCCUUGACCGCACACACACUGAUUGUCACACACACACACACACACGCACACAUGCACACACUCCUACACACUUGAAGUCAAUGGCGUGCUGGCAGGCCCAGUUGGGGGGUGGGGGGAUUUCUUUUUCUGUCUUUCUUUUUCUUUUAUCUUUUUAUUUCCUGUUUGUUUCUUGUAAACUGAGGGACAUUGGGAACAGGGGUGGGGGAGGGGUGUAAUACCAGCACCGCCCUGCUGCGGGCGUUAGCUCAUCAUUGCAUUUCAGAUGACAGUGUUGACGUUUACAGAGUAUGCAGAUCUCAUUGAUGUCACUUUGGAACUGAGGCAGCUACCAAGGAGUGAUGCCAGGACAAAAACGUCAAUCCAAAACAUCUAAUUAACUUUAAAAUGACUUCACAUUCUUGUUAAUUUGUGUGCUGUCAAAUUUGCAAAACAUCAUCUGUAGGUCGAGGGUUUCCAUGACAGUGUGGUUAGAGAACGACUAACAUUUCAGGGGACUCGAUGGGUUUCUGCAGCUGCUCUGUUCCGUCAUCACGGUCAGUCCAACCCGUUAACGUUUGCUCCUGUGAUGUCAUCACAUCACAGAAUCUUGUGCAUCUAGAAAUGCGGGUUCUUAUUUGUAUCUGCUGCGGCUCCGUUCCAAACCAAAUACAGACCCCACCCUCCCUGCACACUUGUUUUCUAAGUGAUCCUAACAGACAUGGACAGGUGUAAUCAUGAAGUUAUUUUCCCAUUUUAUGUGGAAGUCCAUGUUUAUCUUUUGUCCAGUUUAUUAGAACAGAGGUGUGAAUUUCAAUCAUGCAACAAGUCGAGUUAAGCAAGAAAAAUAUUAUUUAGGGACAGUCAAGACUUUUGAACCUUAAAGAACUUUCUUCUCCUUUUUUUUGUUCAUGGUUUCAUCCUUUAGUUCAAUUUGGAUUUAUUGGGUGAAGUGAACAACCUUGUUACAGGGGAGUAUUUGGUCUGGAACACAGUCACUGCCUCUUUCUGCCGGAGCAACUUGGUUUGUCCGGCAUCAGAUCAAGUGUCCAUAUCCAAAUCAGGUUUUCAAAUAGCCUCUCCUCCUCUUAUUUUCUUUUUUUUUUUCUCCAUGUUUUUGAGGACGAGGCGUUUUGUGUCUCUUCUGGGUACAGUAACCUGCGGUGUCCAUUCAGUCCUGUUUGCAGGAGGAAAAGUGAGGAAACAAUAUUGUCACAGCCAAUCAGGAUAAAGCAGUAUGGAACACAUGGCAGACCGUAGGGCUUCCUUGCUGUUCCUCUUUGUAGGUUGACGUCUUUGAGGAAGUUCCUGUUUUUUUUUUUUUUUUAACCGUGAAUCUUUGUUGUGGUCUGGCUUUCCCUGAAGCAUCAACUCGUAGUGCAAGUGUAAUAUCUGUUAGGUUAUGAACCAGUAAGAAGUUGUAUAUGUGAAGAUGCUUUUUAGGAAACCCAGAUUCUGAUCAACAGUAAUCAUGAAUUAUUUAGUCAGUUUUUCAAGUUCUCAGCCAUCUUGGGUUGAAAAUGCAGAGGCAGUAUUGUCAUCUUGUGAUCCGAACAUUAAUGUUCUUCAUGCCGCUGUUCAUUUGUGGUGACAACAGUGACAAUAAUGUCUUGUGUAUUUUACUGUAUUGCUGUUAAGUAGACACUUGUGCACUUGUACUUCAUUAAAAUAAUUAGUGUCUGACAGGUGAACGCACUUCUUUACAUCCAUGCAGCUCAUCUGAUGUUCAGCCUAACAAGUACUCAAGUGUGUUCUUAAACUGUGCAGUUAGAAACAGUAAAAUCUUGGUUAAAAAUGGAACUUCCUCGCACAGUGUUGGACCACAGCUGUGGAAUGGCACCCUGGUGAAGCCAAUAGGAAUGUCCGCCAGGUGGAUUGUACAACAUGAAAUCAUUUUUGGUGAUUUUUGUUUAGACGCGUUAGCUGACAGAAGCCGUUAAAAAAAUAAAGGUCCAGAAGACACAAAGAGUAUGAAUUUCAAUACAAAUAAAAAUAAUGAAAAAAGAUGAAUAAAGAUGUUAAAGACAAA